AUGGCGGCAAAAGUGUCGGUCUCCAUGAUGGCGAGAUUGAGGCUUUUAAUCCCUUUAGACAGGAGAUGGAUGAAGAUCUUCAAGACUCCCAGCAGUAUGAGACGCUCAUCGUUCUACACUGUUCUAGCCUUAUUAUCGUUCACUCUCGAGCAAACAAUAGCUCAGAGACCAGAAGAAUCGAUCGGAAGGUUACCGGUGUGCGCACAAGCCUGCAUCGCAACUGCCUUCGCGACAUGCGACUGUGGGAUCCUAGACUUCACUUGCGCUUGUAGCUGUGAUGUGUUCCAGCCAUUCUCCCAAUCCUGUACCAACACUUCCUGCGCCGAUUCAUACCUCCAGCCAGUCCUAGACGCUGUCGACGGGUCAUGCCAGACUUUCACAAGUAGCGCAGUAGCUCAGCAGAAAUCGACCAGCUCAACGUCUUCAAGUCUACAUACCACGACACGGACCCUCUCCGACCUUACACUGACGACCUACUCGUCUGCCGCGGAGGCGACUUUGACCCAGCUUGAGCCGUCUUCCGGUCCAGAUGUCGCGGGUCCGACGGAAGGCCCAACGGAAACUGGCACGAACAUGGAUUUCUCCACAGCGGUGAAAGACGAUACGGUCGUAGAAACGCCAACGGCGCCUGAAUUCUACCCCUAUCCCACCACCACUCCGUACUAUACCUACUCGUACUGCUACCCGGGCAACAAUGGAACAGCAAGGGGUUGGAAUGCAACUGCUAUUUGCACAGGCGUGUAUACUGGACCCUUAUAUACUGGGAAUGGUGCGACAAGACGAGAGGGCGAGUGUUCGUGGAUAAUGUCAGUGCUGCUCUUUAUAGCGGGAGUGGGGUUCCUUUAGCGGCGUCUUAGGCAUCCACAGUUUUGCACUGGCGGCGUACAUUGGCGUUAGGCGUUUGUUACAUUCGGAAUUCGACAUAUGGCGCUCGAGGUGCCGCAACUGUAAUAGUAGUGACGAG